UUCCUGUUUUAAAGUCCCAUUUUAUUGCCAAGAGACUUUGGGAAGGGUGAAAACUUAUCCAUAGGUCUGCAGAGAUCAGGAACUUGGAUCACCUGUGAUCUCCCACCUCUUUAUGUUGGAUCCCAAAGACCUAUCAAGUGCAGUUAAAGGGACUCGUCUCUUGUCUCCAGAUCCAGCUCCUCCAAGAUCACUCUUUGCUGUGAAUAAAACCCAAACAUCUGUGACUCUCUUGUGGGUAGAAGAAGGAGUAGCUGAUUUCUUUGAAGUUUUUUGCCAGCAGAUUGGUUCAGACCAUGGGGCAAAGAUCCAGGAACCAGUUACGGUUUCUUCUCAUGUCGUAACUGUCUCCAGCCUUCUGCCUGCCACUUCCUACAACUGCAGUGUUACAAGUUUCAGUCAUAACAGCCCCAGUGUCCCCACCUAUAUUGCAGUUUCCACCAUGGUUGUGGAGAUGAAUCCUAAUGUGGUGGUGAUUUCUAUUCUUGCCAUUCUGAGCAUUCUUCUGAUAGGGCUCUUGCUUGUAACACUGGUGGUUCUUCGGAGAAAACACCUACAAAUGGCCAGGGAGUGUGGAGCAGGUACCUUUGUGAAUUUUGCUUCAUUGGAGAGAGAUGGGAAACUCCCGUACAACUGGCGUAGGAGUGUCUUUGCUUUCCUAACUCUGUUACCAUCCUGCCUUUGGACUGAUUAUCUCUUGGCAUUUUAUAUUAACCCCUGGAGUAAAAAUGGAUUGAAGAAGAGAAAGCUGACCAACCCGGUCCAGCUGGAUGAUUUUGACAGCUACGUCAAGGAUAUGGCUAAAGAUUCUGAUUACAAAUUCUCUCUGCAAUUUGAGGAAUUGAAACUGAUUGGUCUGGAUACCCCACAUUUUGCAGCUGAUCUCCCCAUGAAUCGCAGUAAAAAUCGCUACACAAAUAUCCUGCCUUAUGAUUUCAGCCGUGUUCAGUUGGUUUCAAUGAAUGAAGAAGAAGGCUCUGAUUACAUUAAUGCCAACUACAUCCCAGGUUAUAACUCUCCACAAGAAUAUAUUGCGACACAAGGACCACUACCAGAGACAAGGAAUGACUUUUGGAAGAUGGUUCUCCAGCAGAAGUCACAAAUCAUUGUUAUGCUUACUCAGUGCAAUGAGAAGAGAAGGGUAAAAUGUGACCAUUAUUGGCCUUUUGCAGAAGAGCCAGUUCCUUAUGGAGACAUCACAGUGGAGAUGCUUUCUGAAGAAGAGCAAGCAGAUUGGAUGUUCAGGAACUUCCGAAUCAGCUAUGCAGAUGAAAUGCAGGACGUGAUGCAUUUUAAUUACACCUCUUGGCCUGACCAUGGGGUCCCUCCCACCAACUCAGCAGAAAGCAUUUUGCACUUUGUACAGAUGGUCAGGCAGCAGGCAACGAAAAGCAAGGGGCCCAUGAUUGUACACUGCAGUGCUGGUGUGGGACGGACCGGGACGUUCAUAGCAUUAGACCGGCUUUUACAGCACAUUCGUGAUCAUGAAUUUGUAGAUAUAUUGGGAAUGGUGUCAGACAUGAGGUCUUAUCGGAUGUCCAUGGUUCAGACAGAGGAACAAUACAUUUUUAUUCACCAGUGUGUACAACUGAUGUGGCUAAAGAAGAAACAGCAGUUCUGCAUUAGCGAUGUCAUAUAUGAGAAUGUCAGCAAGUCAUAAUUCCAGGUCACAGGUGGUGAAGCUGUGAAAUGCAUCCAUCUUCCUCUGCUUCAGAUUUUAAUUCUCCCCCCCCUUUUUUUUUUUUUUGGUUUUGUAACUGCUUUCUGAUUUGCCAUGGACAAGAGCUGCUUUGCAGUACAUGGACAAAUGAAAAAAAAAAAUUUUACAUCCAGAAGUUCUGGGGAAACAUAGCCUUAAGGAACCUGCAGUGUCUUGUUUGGACUCUUGAUGAUUUUUUUUUUAAAGUUAAUAACUGGACCAAAUUCAACUUGGGGUGGCACCUCAAAGGGACAAUCUAAUAAUGUGCAUAAAUGUACCAUGCUCUAGAUCAUGUUCUGUUGUUUCUGAAACAAAUUGGUUUAAUAUUAUUUAAUUUAAUGUGCAGGUUAAGCUUAAAGGUUACAGGAAGUGCAAUAUUCCAGAUUCAGUCCAAACUGCUAUGGGCUUUCUCCAUGUUCGUCUGGCAACGUGGACUCUGUCAAACCCAGGAACAGGCAGGGUUGUUAGCAUUGAGAUAACAGCUCAUUAGUGAGCAAGGAAGAUUGUAGAUGCUGGAAGAAAAGCUGGGACACAUUGCUGCUGACACAGCCUCCUCAGCAGGACUCUCCAGCAAGGAGAAUCAAGAAGGGUUAUACCCUUUAAAAAUGGCCUGGUCCAAAGCUAGAAACAAAGUUAAAGGAGUAGAUUUCAGCACUGGCUACAACUUCUUAAAGGGUCAGAGGUCACUGUUAACAUUUCACAGAUUUGGGCGGCUCUAAAUCAAAGUCUUCUUUUGCCAGUUCAGCCAAGUGUGAAGAGAAAAUCCUGUGCACUUAGAUUCAGAGUGGAACUAAGAAUGACCACAAUGUGCUACUAGAUAGGAUUCACUUGUGGGAUGAGCACCAUGGGUAUACUGAUUUUUAGUUGUCUGAACCCAUCAUUGCUGCAUAGACUUUUUCCAUUUGUUUGGUUCUGUUCACUUCUGUGUAAAAAGGGUAAAAUAAGAUGCUUUUCAUUUUGGGCAGAGAGAUCAGGUGCCAUAAGGGAUGCAACUUGGUGGUGCCAACAGGCUGAAAAAUGUCAAAGGAUACUAACAAGGAUUUCUUUUGGCAUGCUUGGUGCAUGCAAAUGAUUUCUUCAUUCAACGGUACUACCAAGUGCCAGGCUUCAAUUUACUGCAGGACAUAAAUUUUCUCCUGGAAAAGUUAGUGUGACUAGCUCUGGGGUUCCCCUCCUCCUCCUCUUUGGUUUUUGUAUCAAUUCCACGUGUCGUUUUGUUGUGAUAUGAAUGCUAUCAGCAAAGGCA